AUGAAGUUCCUCGCCAACAUCCUCCUCCUCGGAGCGCUCAUUGCUCCCGUCCUCGGUCAGAGGGCUUGCCAAACCGACUCAGACUGCGGGCAGUGCAUCGGCGGAGGCCCACGACGCAACCACUGCCAGGCAAACCCCAGGCAGGAGUGCCGCAACGACAAUGACUGCGGUCAAUGCAUCGCAGGCGGCCCUCGCGGUCGACACUGCCAGAACACCAAGCUGCCAUGCCGCGUCGAUGCCGACUGCGGACAAUGCAUCAUCGGCCCCCCUCCUCGCAACUUCUGCCAGGCAAACCCUCGACGAGACUGCCGAGUCGAUGCCGACUGUGGAAAGUGCUUCCGCAACAAGUGCCAGUAA